GGCACGCGAUGACAAUGAGUGCGGAGUUGGGGCUUGUGACGGCCGAUACUUCGAAGCGGGCACAAGCGGAACAGACGAAAUGAGGACGUCUCUAGGGUCUCUUGGUUUGGUGGGGGAUGUUUUAAAACAAGGAAAGCACAAUAUCUAUAAAGGCUUAAACAACACACAAGUCUUAAAGCAAUAGCAACAGGGUAGAGAGCUUUGAUUGAAUAACCAUUUGCUCCCUAAAGAGCUUUAUAUUGCAUUAGUAGAGAAUUACAAGUGAACGUUGACAUGACAGUAACACAAUAAUUCUCCCUAGAGCCUAGAAAGUAAAAAGAAAGACUAAAGAGACAUUACAUAAGGGAAAAUACAAGGAAAAUAAACUAGAAUACAUAGUAAAGAGGUUGGAUUCUAACAACUUGCCUGUAUGCAUUUUACCUCUAUGACAAAUAACUCAUCUUUUGAACUACCACCCAUGAAAAAAAUAAUAAUAAUAAAAAAAAUCUCUUAGUCAUCACCACCUUCUUCCAAAUUCCCGUAAAGCACUUUAGUUCUUGCAAAGUUGGAUUUGGAAUAUAAUCUUGCUAACGUCUUCCUUCCAAAAUAAAAAAUUGCCUUAUUAUGGUGAAAAAUCCGGCUUGUGGACCCACUUUUUUAAUUUCCCUCUUCCACGAUUUCCCUAUGUUCUACUUCCACUAAUUUCUUUAUCUUCAACAUUAAAUCACAUUUAAUUUCUUCAAUCUCCCAACGCUUAAUGAAAAAAAAUCCUAAGUUUUUUCCUUCCUUGUCUACAUCUUCAUAACUAAGCUAGUUACGUCUCUUUCCUUGCAAAGUACUCCGUGUUUCCCACCUUUUUGAAUAAAAGUGGAAGUAGAACGACAAGUCGCCAUCUUUGAAGUUGAUGGAUCCAGAUGGUGGGUGUGGUGAUGAUAUUAAGGUGGACACCAAAGGAAAAAUAUUAAUGGCUGGUUCGAGUUUAUCACAAAGACGCGAAUACAGAGCUAUGGAGGAGUGUCCGAGAAAGCGAUACGUAAGGUACAACAAAUCCAUAGGACAAGGUACAACAAAAAAAGUUUAUAUGGGGUUUGAUAAAGUCGAUGGGAUAGAAAUUGCUUGGUCUAAGACGCAAUUGACAAAUUCAUCAAAUCAAAUAUACAAGAAUUUGCUUGCUGAAGCUUCUCUGUUAGAGUCAUUAGACCAUGAAAAUGUAAUCAAAUGCUACCAUUCUUGGUACGAUGAUUCCACUAAAAUCUUUCACAUGAUUACCGAGCUUUGUACUUCCGGAGAUUUGAGAAAGUACACCAACAAACACAAUCUUGUAGGUAACACCGCGAUCAAGAAUUGGUCUAGACAGAUUCUAAGUGCGUUGAACUAUUUUCAUGAUCGUAGUAUACCGAUAGUUCAUCGAGAUGUGAAGAUUGAAAACAUCUUCAUUGAUGGAAAUUUGGGCACGGUUAAGCUAGGAGAUUAUGGUUUCGCACGUAAAAUUAAACCUGGAAGAAGUCUAACUAGGUGUGUUGGUACGCCAGAAACUAUGGCACCGGAAAUUCUAGAAGCAGAAUAUAAUGAAAAGGCUGAUAUAUUUUCGUUUGGGAUGACUUUAGUGCAGAUAGUGACUAAGGAAAAGAUGUACAGCGAAUGCAACAACGACAAAGAACUAGUUUUCGGAAUGAUUAGGAGGGGUGAAAUGCCUGCCGCGCUAAACAAUGCGGUAGAUUCUGAGAUAAGGCAAUUCAUUGAUAAGUGUCUGCGUCCUAAAUCAGAGAGACCUGCUGCAAUUGACCUUCUGAAUGACCCUUUUCUUGUAAACGAUGUUCCUGAAAUAUCGACAGCAGGUAUUAGUGCUGCUAGUAUUCAGACUCUGAGAGAGUCUGUGCGUCAUCAGGUGGCUAGAUUACUGCGUAAAGAACCUGACAAGGAAGAGUUUGACAGCACGACAGACAAUUUUCCGGCUUCUAGACCAUCUUUAGAACGACAAAGAGAAAUGGAGCGUGAGGGUGAGACCUUUGGGUCACAAAAGGGAACAUCUGAGACUGGUUCGCCGUCUAGGACACACGAGACAUCGACUGAUACCUAGUUGAUUCUUAAAUGGUUUUGGGAAUAUUGGGAUGCUGUCAUCAUCAGUUUGCUGCAACAGAUGGAAGUAUAAGGUCAAUACACAAUUCUUUGGUAUUACAAGACUUUUCGACAAUAUUCAUGUAUGUUUUAGAGUGAUAAUUUUGAGUAUAAUUCUAGGGGUUUUAUAUACUUUGAGUCUCAAUCAGUAUAAUUGCUUGAAAUUAGGCAUGUUACUUGUUAUUUGUUACUCCUAGUGUUGGCACUUGGCAGGGAGGAAGAUGUACUCGUAUUAUUUUUGAUCUUAUUUUGUCUUGGCUUCUGUAACCGAUAAAUUGGCUUACUUCUCAGUUCAUACUAAAUUAUUCUGGAUUUUCUCAUAUUUUUUUAUUGAAUUUUCAUUACUUAGUUGGAAAAUGAAAGUUCUGUAUUUCGUCCUCUGUAGUAUGUACAGAAAAUAUAAUGAAGGCUUGCUUAUGCAACAAUUUGCAUUUAGCCGUAUCACAAGCAUGCGAAGACAUGUUUUGGGUAUACAGUUUAACAAAUAUUUAGAACUAGUGUUUCAGAGUCAAAUAUAUGGAUUAAAUUGAUACUAGUGGCAAAAAUUUAUUUGCAUAAUGUUUAACUUAAUGAGUGUCCAAUUCGAUUUUCACAAGAUGUUAAUCAAUUGUGCACAAUUAAGAUUUACCUAGAGGUUCUUUACAAAAAAAAAAAAUUUACCUAGAGGUGAUGGUAAAUAUGUUAUAAUUAUUUUUAAACAACACAUCAUGAAAUUUAACUACUCCGAGUAUGUACUAGCUAGAUAUAACCCAAACCACUUAUUACUUUCAACUAUACCAAUGAACAUUGCAAGUACCAUACCAUAACUAGGGGGAUUAAGUUUAUACAAUAACCAUUUUUAUACGCCAAAUAACGUGACAUGAGGAUAUUGUAUAUUUCUUAUGGGCUAGAUGGUUCUAAUUGGGUUGAAUUUGGUUAACGAGACAUUUAGAUACAGUCAGUUAGGGUCUAAUAUAGAGUAACAUUGAAAACCGUAAAAUUUAGUUAUAUUACUGUCCAAGAGUAAUGCAGAAACUUACUGAUUAAAAUCGAUUUACCCAAUCUAUCUAACUUUGGGUAAACCAUGAAUAUUAUACGAGCUAUCGAGUGAUGAAGAGCAAGAUGAUGAGUCAGGACCUCGUCGAUUAUUAUCUGUUUGGUUUCCUGUACUAUCCAAUUGAUUUUGCUGCAACGUAUGAAUUCUGAGAUCGAUCAACUUCAUUCAUUAGUAUGUUUGACAAUAUUCUUUAGUGUGUAUAAGUACGGUUGCUAGAUUUUGGGCUAUGGAUUCCUAGUUUACAGAAGGGAGGGGGAGUUAUUCUUUAGGUUUUUUUUGGUUGAAGGGGAGUUAUUCUUUAGUUAAUUUGUUUGAUUAACUGUAAAAAACAUUGAUGUUGAUAAGAUUGUAGAUUCUUGAAGAUUUUAUCAUCCAGUAGCGUUUAUUGAGAUAAUCAACCUACGUGCAGUUGAGCAUUGUGAUUUAAGCCCAGUACUCAUCCUACUUAACCAUGCUACAAAGAGAGCCAUUCACAGGUUAUAAAGACUAGACAUCACAAGGGAAU